AGGUGUUCUAAGACAAGAAAAUAAGGAGAAAUCCCCAAGCUUUGCCGGAUUUCCGGCCGGAAAAAUGGGUGGCGGUAGUUGGGGGGGCUUCUCGGGUGCAGAGGGAAUGAUUCAACUGAAGCGUAAAAGGCCAGACUCCAAUCCUGUUAUUGAACAUAAGCGUGUUGUUUACGAUGCAAUCCGGAGCAAGCAAGAAAUGGGUAUCUCCCAACGAGACUUGAAACGAGAAAUUAACCUUCUAGACAAGUUGGCUAGUGAAUCACUCAAGUCACUUCAAGACAAAAAUCUGCAGCUUGCAGUAGAGUUUAACCCUUCAACUGAAAUCACUGGUGGAGUAUGGUAUACUGAUGGCAGUCUUGAUGCCGCUUUUAUAGGUGUUCUAAAAGCUACUUGUCUAAAGUUUGUACCAAAUCAAAAGGUUGCUACACCAGAGGGAUUUGUGGAAGACAUUAAAAAAUGUAAAGUUUCACAGGUUGAAUUGUCAAAGAAGCAAGUUGAAGAGCUUGUUGAGUCGCUGGUUUGUGAUAAUGAGCUGAUGAAAGUGAAGAGUGUGGGAACUGGAGGGAUUUGUGGAAGCCACUAAAAAAUGUGAAGUUUCACAGGUUGAAUUGUUAAAGAAGCAAGUUGAAGAGCUUGUUGAGUCGCUCGUUUGUGAUAAUGAGCUGAUGAAAGUGAAGAGUAUGGGAACUGGGGAGUUUGCAUCUAUUCCAGUUGGGAAAGUUUGUUAUAAACGCAUCAAUAAAGGCAAUAGAUUUAU